AUCAUACAAUGGCCUGGAUGAAUGCGUGUCCCCAGAGUACGAUGUCCACAAGCAUCAAAAGUCAAGCCCCAUGUCCAGCACUUCGUCCAGUCACACCAUUCCCACUACAGUUAGCAGCAGCAACACUAGUUCCAGGGUGUCCCCUCCUCUCACAAACAAUAACAACAACAACACUUCCAGCGGCAACAACAACAACAACCACUCCCCUUCCUCCAAGCCUGGGUCGCCUGCCGUCGUCGUCGGGGGCACGUUCACGGAGCUGAAGCCCGUCAACACCAUGCCCGCGGUCAGCACUAGCGGCGUCUCCAGCGCCUGCAGCAGUGUCCCCGGCGUGCACGACGCUCCUCUGCCGUCGUUCCAGCAGUUUUCCAGUCCCCCCAUCACAUACAGCUCCAACCCUCCCAGACUACACCUAACCAGCCAACCACCCAACCAGCUCACGUCCACUCGUUCUGCUCAAUUUUUUCUUAUACCACUUCUGCCAAUGCCAAAAUCAGAUAUUCAUACAAACUCGCCUAGUAUCCCACUUCAUCCUGACCCAGUUUCUGUGUGA